AUGGCCUCAGCAAGCUUGGGCGGCUAUGGCCAGAGCCAGGCCCAAUCUUCUUUAUAUCGCCAUUCCCAACAACCAACAAUAAAAUCCACUUUAACAGCUAUGACUUACAUACCCGGCAAAGAUAAGCAGUUGACCUUUGCCAGCGAGUGGGUUUUCAAACCCGAGGGUAUCAAAGCUGUUAAGAUUAGAUUUGAGGAGAUGAUGAAGAAGAAUGACUUGUUUGCAAAUCACGAAUGGGACCGAGAAGAAAAUGUCUUCCGUGUUCGAUGCCUUGUGGAUGACACGCCUAAAGUCUCUUCAAUUUUCUAUCAGAUCCUGUCCGAUAUUAUCCACCAGUCACACGGCGAGGAUUAUUUGAGCGACGAGGAUGACAAUAGCGAGGUGAUGGUGGAGAAUUCAGACGGUGAAGAAGAACCAUUCACGAGCGAUAAGAUUGAACGCCUUUCAGUGUGGAAGAAACGAAACAGUGUUGGAUCACCGCAACCGGAACUUGACCUAGGUUGCCCCUUCAAGAUCAAACACUAUGAGGCAUUCCUUAUUUGGUCAUUUCAGGAAAUUAAUCGUUCUUUGGAUAAUGUUGUAUCCGACGGAACUCUCGAAAUUCUUAAGGAAUCGACGGGCUGCGACUUUAUCAAGAAUCUCAACGAACAAAAGAUCUAUAUUGGGCAUUCUUCGAUGGACAAGUGUCAACUUGCUAUCACCAAGCUUGACAAUAUUAGAAAAUACUCAGCAAAGGAUCUCGAAAACUAUCGACUUAGACUGAGCCGUUUCAUUGAUAGUAGGAUGAGAUUCAUGGAGACCACGCUUUUUACUUCCUCCCAGAAGGCACAGAAAAUCGAUUAUUAUCCUCCAGCCAAUGCCCUCACAGUUAGAUGUGCCGGUUGGGAUUGGGUGAAAGGAAGAUACGUGCCUUUGAAGGUCAAAAUUAUUCCUGCAACUCAGUACUCCGAUCUGGACUCAGGACGUGAAGAGUUCAUCAACUUUAUGUAUCGUGGAAAAGGAAGUCUUGAUGAUGAUCCAAUGAGACACAUCCGGAAUGCCCAUAAACAGCGAAAUCGAGGCAGCGAGAGUAACGAGAUGGCAGAAGCACAGGCGGCAGCGGUACAUAUCGAGGAGGCUCAACUGGCCAGAAUUGAAGGCUGGGCCCAGCAAAUUCCUCCGACGACUUCAAGCAAACCCCUUCGGGAUAUGGCCGAAGAGCUCGUUAAAUCAAGGGCAAAAAAUCCUGCAGUCGAAAAAGCCCAUGAAAUUGGAGCCCAAGACCAAAAGCCAUCUUGGGAUAUCUACGUUCCCUUCCAGUCGAAGAAGACCAAGGAGAAUUCCCCUGUUCCUACCGUUGCUGCUUCCAGUGUAGUUUCCACCGUCGCAACGCCAACUAUGACUCUCCCGGUUUCUAGACUACAAAGCACGAACGCCGAAGCUGCUAUUGCCCCUCACGGACUCAUCGGAAAAUACCAAGGCUCAGGCUCAAAUGCAGCCCAGGAAGGUCAAUCCAAGAGCCCCCUCAAUUUGCCUCAUCAUUCCCGUAGCAAACAACAAGACACGAACUCGUACUUUAAAGCUCCUAAGACUGUCUUUGAGUCUGCUCGGCCGUCUUUGCUCGAUGCUGUUAUGCCUAACUUGGGCUUUCCUAGUCUUCAGCCUUUGAGAACCUCCUCGCAAUCAUCUUUGACAUCAGAACUCCCACUGUCCCCAGCGUCCGGUUCAGGUUCAACAGAGUAUCCCAGCUCUAUGGCUCGGAGCUCUAGUCGCACCCAAUACCCUCAAUUAACACAUCAAUCUAGAGCUGAAAUGCUACAGGGAACUUCCGAGCCAUCAACCAGAAAUUUUCAUACGACUAUGAAUCAAAAGGCGCCAAAGCCGAACCAGAAAGGCCAAAAGAUCGGACAAUUUGCUGAUAGACUUGGACUACCGGCCCUGCCACCUCCUGCAACUCUCCAGUCCCAAGCUUCCAAGCAACCCCCGGUCAUUGACCCCAUACCAGAAUUCCUCGCACAAAUAAACGACAGCUUUGAAGAAUUGAUGAAGGGUGUUCAAGGAUUCCCAGGUGAAGUUGUAGUUCACGCCGAAUUGGGUCGGAUUUUGUUGAGCGGCAUUCCUCCUAAGUUUGUCGCAUCAGAGGACAAUUUGGAAGGCUAUUCUCCAAACGAUCUGUCGGGCUUAUUGCUAUCAAACCCCGAGAGAGCAGGAAACCCAAGCACGACAUACUUUACGAAUGUCCUCACAAGAUUACCAGCUGACAUCAAAUACCUCGCUGAUAUGAAGAAUGAUGCCGGUCAACUUAUGUGGGAGCAAAUUCCUUCAGCUCGAUCGGUUAUAUACGAGAUCUCUUGUUAUAAUAACAAACUUCCCGGUUGGAAUCCCUUCACUAUCGAGAUUGACGAAGCAACCUUUCGUGCGAGAGUUAAGACCAAAUAUCAGUUUGGCACAAUAAACGUACACGGUACUCGAAGACAUUGGGAUUUUCGUAUCGCGGCUUUUGGUUUUGGUGACGACAAUAUUAAUGAACAGCUGUAUGGGGAAUUUGCCAAUGCAAUUCAGAGCUCUUUGUACAUCCCUCCAAGAUUGACCAGACCCGCUCUAUACUUUGAGUUGGACAAUUCUUUCAAUGUGGAUUCAAAGCUGGCAGUGGGUAAUAUACUCGUUCAUCAUGUUUCAAAAUAUAGAAGCACGGAUCGCGGAGCAACAUCGAUGUUGAACGUGUCAGAGAUUAUAGAUCUCAACGUUGAAUGCACAGAUCCCUACCCCGGCGCAAAAUUCAAGGUAUUCAAAGCCGAAGCACCAAAGAGUCAGAGCGUACCUGGCGAUCCCGACGUCUGGUAUGAGGCGAGCAUCUCCAGCACCAAGGCCGACGAACAAUUCAAGCAGAACUCCACCCUGAAGUUAGGAGAUGAGGCCGAGUGGACCCCAAAGAGCUUGUCACAGCUCGAUGCUGCUCAAGCAAUGUGUCUUCCAGCUUGCCAAAUGCUGAAGCGGAUGGAUGGAGUUGGAUUCCACAAUGAUAAUGGAAUCAAGAUUCCUGCCCGUUCUAGACCCAAUCCACCGCCUGAUGGCCUCUCCGUUCGCGAGCUCAGUCUACAAGCCAUCUUCGACACUAUGGCUGCUCCCCAGUCUGGACUUACCUCCCAACUUCCAAAUCACUAG